AUGCGACUUCAGAGCAAAGGAUUGCUCGUCCUCGUCGGCGCUGGGCUGAUCGCAUGCCCAGUCGCAGCAGAUUUCACGUCGACUAUCGACCCAACCUCGAAUAGGGGGAACUGGAAAGGCUGGGGAGUUUCUCUUGCAUGGUGGGGGAAGAUAUUUGGGACCAGGGAUGACCUUGCGGACAUUUUCUUCACGCGCAACUCUGUGUCUUUCAGCGGGAGCACUUUACCUGGCCUUGGACUCAACGUCGUGCGCUACAAUGCAGGUGCAUCGGGGUCUAACAGUUACAACGGGUCUUCUAUGGCAUCCAAUAAUAUCUUACCUAGUCGCAAGAUUGAUGGCUACUGGAUCAACUGGGGUAGCUCGGACCCAACGUCGUCCAGCUGGAAUUGGUCGCUGGAUCCGAACCAGCGUGCAAUGUUGACCAAGGCAAAGAGUCGAGGAGCCAACUAUUUUGAACUCUUUUCCAAUUCACCUAUGUGGUGGAUGUGCCAAAAUCACAAUCCAGCCGGCGCAAAAGGCGGAGGCGAGAACAUUCAAUCUUGGAACAUUGCCAACCAUGCUGUCUACCUUGCGACAAUUGCAAAAUAUGCUCAAACCAACUGGGGUAUCACUUUCACCUCCGUCGAGCCGUUCAACGAGCCGAGCUCGAAUUGGUGGACCGAUACCAACAACCAAGAAGGCAGCUUCUUCAGCAUCGCGACUCAAAAGACUGUCAUCAGCAACCUUCGUACUGAGCUAAACAACCGCGGCCUGCAGUCCACUCUCGUUGCCGCCUCCGACGAAAAUACCUAUGACAUAGCCACAUCCACAUGGAAUAGCUUCGAUUCGACCACCCGCAAUAACAUUGGAAGAAUCAACGUGCACGGGUAUCAGGACACUGGCGGCCGCCGGGACCUGCUGUACAAUGCAGCGCAAAGUGCCGGUCGUGAAAUUUGGAACAGUGAAUACGGGGACAGCGAUGCAACAGGGAAGCUUCUGGCCCAGGACCUUCUUAUGGAUUUCAACUGGCUGCACCCUACCGCGUGGACAUAUUGGCAGGCCAUUGACGUCAGCGGCUGGGGCCUGAUUGUCGGCGACCUUGAAGGGAACACGCUCUCCAGCGUCGCGAAGAAAUACUUCGUCCUCGCACAUUUUACGCGCCACAUCCGCGAGGGCAUGCGGAUCCUCGACACGGGCAACAACAACGUCGCGGCUGCGUAUGACUCGGCCAACCAGAAGCUCAUCAUCGUUGCUGCCAACUUUGACAGUACACAGUAUAUCAAUUUUGAUCUUUCGAAGUUCAGCAGGUACCCGAGUAGUGGAACCUUGAUACCCCGAUGGUCGACUCACAUGGGCAGCUCUGAAAAUUAUGCGACUUACAGCGAUACCUUUAUGAGCGGCACCAAGUUUUGGUCCAACUUUGACCAAAACGUAGUGCAGACUUUCGAGGUCAGCGGCGUUAGCUUGUAG